AUGUCCCUCAACAUCUACGUUGACGACAGCCGUCCAUGUUACGCGGAAAACGACAUUAUCAAAGGACGAGUGAUUUUCGACUGCCCUCGUGAUUUCCACCAGAUCAAGGAUGUCAAGCUGACCUUCUCCGGUUACUCAAAAGCCAAUAUUCAGAAAGUCAAAGGCCCAGCGGCACCGACAGUCACCUACCGGAGCAAAUGCAUCUUAUUCGAAAAGGAGAGGAUACUUGUCCCUGCAGAACAAUGCAAAGUACCGCCCACAAGCUAUGAAUGGCAAUUUGAGUUUCGUUUUCCCCCUCAUGUGGAAUCGCCAAAUGCCUGGCCUGGGACAAGGCCAUUCCGUGUCGACGAGAACCAACCGUUACCCCCAACAUUCGAUGCCGAGUGCAACAAUAUACUGCGAAAGGUAUCCGCAAGCAUUGAGUACCAGCUCAAAGCACAGGUCUUCAAGCACACAAAGGGCUUGUUUGAGACAAAGUCGCCCGUAUUUGAGAAAGUGCUGCAUCUUCCUUUCGUCCCGAUGGUGGCACGAGCGCACACCCAUGCUAUCGAACUAGAGAAGAAGCAGAAGAUCGACCAAAUAUUUACCGUGCGCAGUCUAUCCUUAAUGCCGGAAAAUACCGACCGGUCCCUGAGCGUGCAGGAGAGGUUCAAGGCCUGGCUCUCUCCUGGGCAGUUGCCUUAUUUUUCCUUCGGUGUUGAGUUCCAGUACCCGUCUUUCCUUAUUAACGGCAUGCCGAUUCGGCUGUUGUUGGAAGUGAAUCCAUUGCUAGACAACUCUAAUGCUCCUCAAAUCCCGGAAAUUGUCUUACAAACUGUUUCUAUUACACUUGUUGGCAGGACGGCCGCUCGGGCAUCUCCGUCACUGAUGGGAUCUAUGUCGGGCGAGGUGGAUGAAGAGACCACGCUACUCUCCAAAACAUCGCUACGGAUGGCUGUUGGUGGACAGAUGGAUCUCGCAGAGAGAUUCGGCCAGAUAUCAUUGCCUAUCCCUGUUGUCACUGUCAACACCUUUAACCUGAGCCGUUCAUACCGGCUGCGAAUCUCGUUGGUGUUCGAAUGCGCAGGGAAAUUGUUCAAUUUCGAUGCUACGGAUCUGGAGGUAGUAGUUCUCUCAAAUGCUGGAAUGACGGUGAAGAAGGAGGCUUUAGGCUGGGCCUCAGCAGAUGCGGGCUACAGGCAUCCUCGAGCAUAUCUGGCCUACAGUUCAGACGAACAACCACCGCCAUAUUCGUCUUCGUCAAUCUUGCCCGAGUGGAGGUCGGAAGGAAAGCCCAGCAUUUAG